AAUUUCUGGGGCGUGGGCGAUUUGUGAUGAUGAUUCUUUUUGUUUUGCUACUACUACGUUUACGAUUGUGUUAGCUAGUAAUUUAUUAUUAUUAUUUGGUAAGAUUCGUUUUAGUAUUUUUAGGAAAAGAAACACAAUGACAUUUUUUCUCUUUCCGCUUUAAUUGUAACUAGCUGGUUAACGUUAACUGGCUAGCCAGCACUAAUAUGUUGUUAGCUUCAAGCUUACUAUUACAGCAUUAGUAGCUGGAUCGAGCUGGAUGAAAUAUCCAAAUAUCCAGCCUUUCGCCAGUGAGAGAACGUUAUUUUUUUAUAUUUUUUUUUACAAUGAAAGGAAAACACAGCUAACUGAAUGACAAGCAGUGUAUCUGCAAAUUCCCCUAGCAAUUCUAUCGGCAUAAUUCCUGGGUGGGUGGCUUUUGACCUAGAGGGCACGAUUCUGCUAUGGACAGCUAAGAAGAGAUUGGUUGGAUGUGAUGGUCAUGUAACGAUGUCUUGUAAAUCCACAAAAGUCGCACCUAGUGUUGAUUUCGACCAUAGCUGCUCGGACAGUGUGGAAUAUUUAACACUUAAUUUUGGCCCAUUCGAGACCGUCCAUCGUUGGAGAAGACUCCCACCGUGCGAUGAGUUUGUCGGUGCCAGACGCAGCAAACACACUGUUGUGGCAUACAGGGAUGCCAUAUAUGUAUUUGGGGGCGAUAAUGGGAAAAACAUGCUGAAUGACUUGUUGCGCUUUGAUGUGAAAGACUGCUCGUGGUGUAGGGCCUUCACCACCGGCACUCCGCCUGCACCCAGAUAUCACCACUCUGCCGUGGUGUAUGGUAGCAGUAUGUUCGUGUUUGGGGGCUACACUGGAGACAUCUACUCAAACUCCAAUCUGAAAAACAAAAAUGACCUUUUUGAGUACAAGUUUGCAACCGGCCAGUGGACAGAGUGGAAGGUGGAGGGCAGUUUGCCGGUGGCCAGGUCAGCUCAUGGUGCGACAGUCUACAGCGACAAGUUAUGGAUAUUUGCUGGUUAUGAUGGAAAUGCCAGGUUGAAUGACAUGUGGACCAUCAGUCUGCUGGACCGAGAGCAUGCCUGUUGGGAGGAGAUUGAACAGAGCGGUGAGAUCCCUCCCUCCUGCUGUAACUUCCCUGUAGCUGUCUGCAGGGACAAGAUGUUUGUGUUCUCCGGCCAGAGUGGAGCCAAGAUCACCAACAACCUCUUCCAGUUUGAGUUCAAGGGCCACAUGUGGACGCGCAUCCCAACCGAACACCUGCUCCGGGGCUCCCCGCCUCCACCCCAGAGGCGCUAUGGCCACACCAUGGUGGCCUUUGACCGGCACCUGUAUGUAUUUGGAGGUGCAGCUGACAACACGCUGCCUAACGAGCUGCACUGCUACGACGUGGACUCCCAGACCUGGGAGGUGAUCCAGCCCAGCCUGGACAGUGAGGAUCCCCUUGGAAACGAGAUGACCUCAUCUCAAGGUUCAAUCCUGAUGCCCAGUGGAAGACUGUUCCAUGCAGCCGCUGUGAUCCAGGAUGCCAUGUACAUCUUUGGGGGAACAGUGGACAAUAACGUGCGCAGUGGGGAGAUGUACAGGUUCCAGUUUUCUUGCUACCCGAAGUGUACGCUUCACGAGGACUACGGCAAGCUGUUUGAGAACCAGCAGUUCUGCAACGUGGAGUUCAUCUUGGGGGAGAGGGAGGAGAAGGUUCUGGGCCACAUUGCAAUAGUAACUGCAAGAUGCCAGUGGCUGAGAAAGAAGAUCCUGCAGGCUCGGGAUAGACUGAGACAGAAGAUUAAGCAACAGGAGAAUGGUGAAGAGGGGGGCGAGGAGGCGGCGGGGACUGGAGUUCCUCGAGAUAUCCCAGCGGGCACCAGGGCAUCAGGCAACCAGGCCAUGCUAGAGGUGCACAUUAGGGAGGCUGAGGCCCAGCCCUUUGAGGUGCUGAUGCAGUUCCUCUACACAGACAAGAUCCAGUACCCACGCAGAGGUCACGUCCAGGACGUUCUGCUGAUCAUGGACGUUUACAAGCUGGCGCUGAGCUUUAAGCUGGCCCGUUUGGAGCAGCUGUGUGUGCAGUACAUUGAGGCGUCGGUGGACCUUCAGAACGUCCUCAGCGUGUGUGAACAAGCCAACAAGCUGCAGUUGGACCAGCUCAAGGAGCACUGCCUUAACUUUGUGGUGAAGGAGACGCACUUUAACCAGGUGAUCAUGACCAAGGAGUUUGAGCACCUCUCCACCCCUCUGAUUGUGGAGAUAGUCCGGCGCAAGCAGCAGCCUCCCCCCAGGGUGUACUUGGACCAGCCCGUGGACAUCGGUACCUCCCUGGUGCAGGACAUGAAAGCCUACUUGGAAGGAGGGGGCCUGGACUUCUGUGACAUCAUACUGCUGUUGGAUGGACAUCCGCGGCCUGCCCAUAAAGCCAUACUGGCUGCCCGCUCCAGCUACUUUGAGGCGAUGUUCCGUUCGUUUAUGCCCGAGGACGGCCAGGUUAACAUCUCCAUUGGUGAGAUGGUGCCCAGCAAGCAGGCCUUUGAGUCCAUGCUCCGCUACAUCUACUACGGGGAUGUCAACAUGCCUCCAGAAGACUCUCUCUACCUGUUUGCGGCACCAUAUUACUAUGGUUUCUCCAACAACAGACUGCAGGCCUACUGCAAGCAGAACCUGGAGAUGAAUGUGACGGUGGAAAACGUCCUCCAGAUCCUGGAGGCAGCUGACAAGACCCAGGCCUGGGACAUGAAGAAGCAUUGUCUGCACAUCAUCGUCCACCAGUUUAUCAAGGUGUCUAAGCUCCCCAACUUGAGGUCGCUGAGCCAGCUGCUGCUGCUGGACAUCAUCGAGUCCCUGGCCUCACACAUAUCAGACAAGCAGUGUGCAGAGAUGGGCUCUGACAUCUAGGUCCAGACUGGUCACCCUAAUGUCUCUUUGUCUGCUCCAUGUCCCUGUAGUCAUUCCCAUGCACCAAUGGAGGCUGGUGGACGGAAAAAUGGAAGAGGACAAAAGUAUCUUGUCCUCUUUGUUUCUCUCUCUGCUACUGCCUUAUGAGUUACUCUGGACCGUACGUGUCGUCUCUUCAACCUUAUUCCAAAUGUCCCUUUAUAUCUAUGCUGGGGUUGCCUCGGUUUAGCCCUUUUAUUUAUUCAUGUUUGGAUGUAGAUGAAAGAAAAAUGGAAGGUCAUCUGAGUAUGUAUUUCUGGGCCAGGCAGGCUUGAGAUGACUGAAUAUCAACAAUUGUGCUAGCAUGAAAGAACCUCCCCUCAUCCUUGUUCAAUUGAUUUCAGUUAGCAUGUUUUAUAAGUAUUCUUUUAUCAAAUUAGUUCCUCAUGUAUUCAGUUUAUCAUGUUCAAAGAAUAGAAAAAACAACCUGGUCAAUGUUGAAUGUUCCAUUGCAUUUCUGUGUUUAUUUGACAUAUAGUGGCUUAGAAAAUUAUUCAGAGCCAUUUACUUUCUCCACAUUUUCUUUAGUUAUGAACUGAAAGUAUAAUUGAUUAAAUAAUUAUUUUGCCAUCCAUGUACACACAACAUCCCAUAAUGACAAAAGCGAUGUAUUUUUAAUUUGUGCCUCUUUACUGAAGAAAAAAAAACAACACUGAAAUAUCUCAUGCACUUAAAUUUUCAGCCACUUUAUUCAUUAGAAGUGUUGGCAAAUCUCUUUGGGCAGUUUUUCCCAUUCUUCUUUGCAUAUCCUCUUAGGCUCUGUCAGAUUGGAUGGGGAGUGUUGGUGAACUGAGACACAGAUCUCUCCACAGAUGCUAAAUGGGAUUCAAGUCCGGGCUUUGCUGUGCCACUAAAGGAUAUUCACAGACUUGUCACCCACCACAUGCAAUUAAACGAUGAAAAAGAUUAUCUGGUCUAAGAGUCCUUUAAAUGCUGUUUGGCAAACUCCAGGGAGCCUUCUACUCAGGAGACGCUUCAAUUUACCAUACGGGCUGGAUUGAUUAAAUGCUGCUAAGAUAGUUGUCUUUUUGGCAGGUUUGUCAUCUCUGCAGGACAGAGGAACUCUACUAAAUAAAGUGUUUGAAUACUUUUGUACAUGAGAUAUUUGAGUUUGUAUUUCCAAUGAAUUUGCACAAAAAAUAAAACUAUUUUUGUUUUUUGCUUUGUCACUGGGUUAUUGUGUGCAGAUGGAUCACCAUUUAUUCAUUCAGUCUGUAACACCACAGAAAUGGGGAGAAAGUGAAAGGGUCUGAGAACUUGACAAAACCACUGCAUAUACAACCUACAUAUGUCUGACAGGAUGUUCAUGUAUACAUUUGAAGAAUUGAAUGCACUGUCAUAGAAUGUGGUCAUUCUGAGAGGAUUGCUUUUCAUAGCAGCUAAAGCAAAUGUCAUGUAAAAUGUAUCACCAAAGUAUUUAUCUCUUUACUGAUCUAUUAAGAAAAACACAUUUUUUUUUACACCACAUGAUGAGCACUUCAGUGGUGUUAAUCUGAGCUUCGGAGAACCAUAUUUUGUAUAACCAGUAUUUUUGAGUUGAGUGAAUAUUUGACAUUCGCAAACACGCAAGCUUUGUUUCACUGAUAAAUCAGCUUCUAUACAGUCUGUAGAAAUAUGAGCCUGCUCAAAUCCUCUGUUUUGUGUUUAGUGAUGAUGACAUGAAACUGAAGCAAAUGUUGGCUCAUUUUGGCUCUGUGUACUUAAUAAAUGACCAAUGUGAAGUUCA